CCACAUCUCACCGCCUUGUCUCACCAGCCAAAGAGCCUCAGAACAAAUACAAAACCUCGAAAACUCUCACAAAACACAAACCCAUAAUCUGCUUUGAAAAAACUGAGUUCUGUAUAAUUAUAUAUACAUGUAUGGUGUCUCUAUAUCCAAACCCAGCAGCAGGUCAAGACUUGUGCAUGGUGGAUCGUAUGAAAAUGGGGCUUCAUGGUCUCAAUUCUAUACCACCAAGUACAACGAGUACUGUUAAUACAAUUGUGUCAUCAACUGCUGGAAAUUUGAAUUUCAAUUGUGGGUUUUUUGCCGAAGAUACGAAUAAGAAGGCCCGAAAGCCAUACACCAUCACCAAGUCUAGGGAGAGCUGGACCGAGCAAGAGCAUGACAGGUUUCUCGAAGCCCUCCAUCUGAAGACGUGAGAUGCUGAUAAUUGUAUCCCUUUUGUACAGCUUUGACCGCGACUGGAAAAAGAUUGAAGCCUUUGUUGGGUCAAAAACUGUUGUCCAGAUACGUAGCCACGCACAGAAGUACUUUUUGAAAGUCCAGAAGAAUGGGACAAGUGAACAUGUGCCUCCCCCUCGGCCGAAGAGAAAAGCUGCUCACCCAUACCCACAAAAGGCCCCAAAUAAUGGACCAUUACAAGCUUCAACUGCUCUGCUUCACUCCGGAAAUGUUCUCUGGGCAGAUUCAUCCUCAGUUCCAAGAAACCCGAUCAACAGUGCAGGUCUAUAUUCCUGGACUUGCGGUGUCGUGCCACCAAGCAGUGUGUCACAUAUAACAGAAGAUGAUGUGGGGUCAACUGGUGAAACACAUGAGCAAGGAAAAGGAGAAUGGGACAAGCCAAUGAGAGUUAAGCCAGAUUUUGCUCAAGUCUACAGUUUCAUUGGCAGUGUCUUUGACCCCAAUGCAAGUGGUCACUUGCAGAGAUUGAAGAAGAUGGACCCGAUAAACUUUGAGACGGCGGUGAUGUUGAUGAAGAACCUCGCCAUCAAUUUGGCAAGCCCUGAGUUUGGUGAUCAUAGAAGAUUGCUCUCAUUGCAUGAUGUGGACACCAAGAAGGUUAAAUCCAGUAGUCCUUUCAAUAUAGCUCCAUUCUGAAAAGCCAGGGAAUUUGAUUUUAUACGUGUAGAGGAUGAAAAAGAUUGAGAGAACUACGCUGGAAGAUUUUUGCUACUUAUUGCUGAUUAUACAGAGAAAUAAAUGCCUGGGUAAUGGGUGCGUAGACGUAGUGAGCUUCAGCUGCCAGCUACAUCUGAAGGCGUCGAUAUACUUCUGUAUGUGCAUGUGUAUUUAUCUACCAUCUUCUCAUGAACGAGCAACAAGCACAGGCGUCAUCAUCUUGUUGUGUACAUAUGUAUGAACCAAUGUAGCAAGGUGGUGUUUGACACAUCUUCAAGAUGUAUGGCUCGGGAGUUCUGGCAUCUUGUCUAAUAUCUUUGGAUGGCUUCAAUUUCUGCCUAUUUUGCUUUCGGGACUUUUCUUUUUUUCUCGUUAAAACUAAAACAAUUGAAAAGGACUGC